UGGAUGAAUAUCGUGAUGAUGCAACCUCUGCUAUAUGCAUGUGCGAAACGUCGGGUUAUAAAGUAAAAUAUAAGUUAAAAAUAUGAAGCAUACGAAAUGUAAAAUUAAAUUUUAUUUUACAAAGUCUUGAUUUAUUUUAUAUUUCACCGAAAUAUUUAUCGAUUUACUAUAGUCAAGAAAUAAUAUUUAAAUACGAAUAUAAAAUUAAAUGUAUCAUUUAUGUUCUCAUACUUAUGUAAACACAUUCAUCAAUGUGUCACAAAGUGGACAAGUUUAGAUAUACAUCUCCGAAACAGUUUUUUUGUGACUAUUGGUCAUAAAGGCAGUGUCGAGUGAGACUCUAAACAUUGCAGUCGACUUUGUGGGCAAGAAGGCUGUUAUUUAAGCAUGUCUUUUAAGGAUUUAAUAAUAAAACGUGUCGAGGGUGAGCAAGCGCCUGCAUUAUUAAAAUAUUAUCCACUUGACAAACGUGGUUUUAUUAAAGUUGGUCAGAAAAAAUGGUUCUUACCGUACAGAUAUCUUGAAGUUGGCGAUAAGAUAUAUAAUUUCGAAGUUCGUGCAGAUGAUACAUGGAUUAUUACCUAUCCUAGAUCAGGUACAACGAUGACACAGGAACUUAUAUGGUUAGUGGCGAAUGAUAUGAAUUUUAAUGAAGCACAUCAAAGAUAUUUAAUGAGGAGAUUUCCCUUUAUAGAAAUGGAAGUAAUGUUUGAUGACCAUAGGUUACUAAAAUUAAUAAGAAACGUACCAAAAAAUAGCGUCAAAUUUGUGCAAGAUCAGCCUUCGCCGCGUUUCAUAAAAAGUCACUUGCCUCUCGAGUUGUUACCGACAGUUGUAAAUAGCACUUGCAAGAUUAUCUAUGUUGCGAGAAAUCCAAAGGAUGUAGCAGUCUCGUAUUACAUUUUCCAUAAACAUAUUUUGGAUUUUCAAGGAACUUUCGAGCAAUUUUGUAAUAAUUUUCUAAAUGACCAUAUAUUACGGACCCCAUAUUGGGAACAUGUGAAGGAAGCUUGGAGGAUGAGACACAGAGCAAAUAUGAUGUUUGUCUUUUACGAAGAUCUAAUAAAAGAUUUACCGAGGAACAUAAAAGAAAUUGCUGCAUUCUUUGGUAAAACUUACAGUGAUGAACAAAUCAAUAAGUUAGUGGAGCAUUUGAAAAUAGAGAAUUUCCGCAAGAAUCCUAUGGUGAAUAAUCAAAGUCCGGACCAAAUGAAACCAAAUAUGUUUAUUCGGCAAGGAAAGACGGGUAGUUGGAAAGAAAUAUUUACACCAGAAAUCGAGGACAGAUUUGAUAAAUGGAUUACCGACAAUUUAAAGGACACGGAUUUAACUUUUCCAAAUUUAGUUUGUUAAAUACUAUAAGCAGUUGUAGUUGCGUAAUUGCAAUUUAUAAAUGUUUUGUUUUAACCAUAUUUUAAAGAAGUAGGACUAUUUACUGAUAAAAAGGGAGAUUUAACAAAUAGAUCGUUAACCAUUUAAAAGAUACGGAUUCAGCUUUCCAAAGUUAAAUUUGUUGAACAAUAUGAGCAGUUGUAAUUGUAAUUUAUAAAUGUUUUGUUUAAUUAUGUUUCAUAUUAUGUAAAUAAGCAGGCCUUCUUAUAAUAAAUAAAUAAACUCUUAUACAAGCAACUUAAUA